AAAAAGAAAAAAGAAAAUAAAUUAAUUGAUCCACUGUCAAACCAAAAAAAUUGAAAACCCUAUAUUGGUUGAAUGGGAAAAUCGAUGGUCAGAUUCGCAGAAUUCGCCAUUAGACUCUCUUCCGAGAAUCCAACCAGACCCCACAGACCUUCUCCUCCUCUACGGAACAAAGUCUUCGUCAAGAAGACGACAGACACGACACACCUCGAUUACUCCAAUCUUGUUAAGCUGGAGAAGGCGGGAUCGCACUCGGGUUCCAAUCCCGCUCCGGCUUCGGGUUCGGAUCCAAUUAAUCGGGUUCCCCUUGCUCAGGUCGUCGAGGAUUGCGUCAGACGUUGGUUCCAGGAUACGCUCAAGGAAGCCAAAUCUGGUGACGUUGGUAUGCAGGUUUUGGUUGGUCAGAUGUAUUGCAGCGGCUAUGGAAUCCCCAAAGAUGAGAACAAGGGUCGUGCUUGGAUUAACAAAGCUUCAAGAACUAGAUCAUCAGCUUGGCAAGUGAGUGAUAAGCCUCCAGGUUAUAAUGCAAGCGAUUCAGAUUCCAAUGAUAAGAAAGAUUGAUGAUCAUCUUUCGAAUGUUUGUAUUGCCAGUGACUUUGAUUUGUUAGUUUCUAUCUCCUUUGUUUAAUUCUACUUGAUGUAUUCAAAUUUGAAGCUUUUGUAUCAUCCCAAUGGUCAAAAAGUGGCCCUCAAGCUUUUUAUUACCACGCAGUGAAGUAAUUUAACUGUGAGUCUGUUGUAGCUGAAUCAUUGCAUUACCAAUAGAUUUUGCCACGCUUUCUCUG